CUGGUUCCUGCCACGCAGCAGUUUGCUCAGGCCCACCCCAACUGGGGCGAGUGGCAGGCCCCCACGGACAUGCGCCACAUGCAGGCCUUCAAAGACAGGCUCACUUCUCGCAUGACAACGUUGGCAAAGGCAGCGGUGGCAGCGCUGCGGGCCCGCAAAGGCGACGAAGACUUCAAGGAGGAGCUCUCCAUGCUCCGCUAUUGCCAGGACCAGCUGCUACCACUGAAGCAGCAGAGAGAACAAGCACUGGCCAGGCUCAACGAGGCGAAGGAUCGAUUGCACAACACAUAUGCCAGGAUCAACAUGCUCGAAGCUCAGGCCGAAGAAGUUCGGGAAGAAGUUGGGGACCUGAACCAGAGCCUGAUCGACAUCGACAACAAGAUCAAGGCCGAGAUUGCAGACAUCAUCCAGGAUAUUCCCAAUCCCAUGGUAGUGGAACCUGGCACAGCUCAGGGCACAGCUCCCUCGAGCUCAGGGCCACCAUCAGAGGUGGCUCCAUUCAAAGAGCAGCGCGAUGCAGCCCUCCAGCAGCACGACCUCAUCUAUCAGCACAAUCAGCAGAUGGAGGCGCAGAUGAGGCUCAUGCAUCAGUAUAUGUUGAACCACUGCCCGCCUGCAGCUCCGCCACCACCAGUAGAUGCUCAGCUCCAGGCGGCCAUCAACGAGAUGUACAAAGCUCAGGGCAUCCCGAUUCCUACGGCGUUCAUGACUGCAGCAGCGGAGACACCUUACGUUGCGCCCGAUCAUUUCGCCCCGACCCAGAUCAAUCCCACUCAGGAGCAGCUCCGAGGCCCUCAGAGCUACAUCGACCACAAUGGCAAGAUGUGCUUCAAGGGCAAAG